GGGAUUCACUGAUAAACCACUGUUACUUGUGAAUGGCUUAUAAAUUAAAACUAUAAAUGUAUUAAUGGGGCCGAACCGACUAUAAGUGCGUGCCCACCAAUGAGUGUAAGUUGCCUUGUGUGCUUAUGUUAUAAUUAUAGUAGGUAGACCGGGCUCGAACAUGUAUGGCUGUGUAAAACCAAUUAAGCUGCUAGCAUCCAGCUUUUUUCAAAUAUUGCCAGUGGGUGGAGUCAGGCUCUGACCAGGGGUUUACUUACACUUUAAUAUGCCAUAAAUGGUAACGAUUGUUCUUUGCAGGACACCGUUUGUUACUUCCUGAUAUUAUGUGUAUAAAUAUUACCCCUCCACACUUGAUAGAUAUCAGAAUAUAACUGUAUUGCACAGGCUCUGGCUCUUCACAAAAAUCUGCUAAAGGCAACUGUUUGAAAACCAAGGUUCACCAUGGCAAUGCUGAAAAGUUGUCUGCUUCUUUUCAUUAUCUUCUCCAUGGGGAAAGCAGAAGUGACUUUUACAAGAGAUGUUAAUGGACUGGAUGGACUGGAUGGACUGGAUGUUGAUUUAGCCAGAAGAUGCCCCGCUACAUGGAUAAAAUUUAGACUCCGAUGCUACAAGUUCUUUUCUCAUCCAGCUAGAUGGAUCACAGCACAGAGAAACUGUCAAAGUCUUGGAGCAAACCUCGCAUCGGUCCAUAAAAAAAGGGAAAAUGAUUUCCUGCUGAGACUGUCGCCUUCUUCUACUUGGAUUGGUGCUAAUGAUGCUGUACAAGAUGGACAUUGGAUGUGGAGUGACGGAACUGUGUUUUUGUAUUCCCACUGGUGCGCUGGAGAACCUAACAAUGCUAAUGGUGUCGAGAACUGUUUGGAGAUGAACUUUUCCUCUAAACGUUGCUGGAACGACAUUGGCUGUUUUCACUCAAGGCCCUAUAUUUGUGCUAAGGACCUGCGAGACCGUCAUGCUUCUCCAGUUACUGUGAUGUAACCAGAUUUACUAAAUAUUUCCGACAUUAUAUUGUCAAAAAUGUUAUUCUGAAAAUCAAAUCUGUUCUAAACUUUAAUCUCUUGUCAGUAUCUUCUCUGAAACACUCC